AUGGAACUUCCUAACUAUCCGGGCAUCGCGGACGGCCUCGUUCCAAAGGUGCCCGGCCGACCCUCUGCUCCAAGCUUCUUCUUCUUCUUCUUCCUCCUCCCCCUGACGAUCACUCCCGCUAGUCGAGAUAGAGUAGACGAUACCGCGGCUGCUGAUCCUUUCCGUCCAUCGUCGCUCUUGCAUCUCACUCCCCCCCUCCCCAUCACCACCACCACCGCCGACGACGCCGACGCCGACGCCGCCACAACAGCCACCAAAACCACCACCGCCCAGACAACCAAGCGAAUCGUGAUAGAACGGGGUUAA